UAGGCUUCGGAACGCGAUGGCUCAUCCUCCCGCCCGCUGCGACCAAUGGGCUAGGAGUGUGGGCGGUGCGCCUUUUGCGGAUUGACAGCUCCAGUGACCAACCUGAGUGUUCCUCCACGUCGGCAGGAUUGAGGAAGAUGGACGCGGUAAUACUGGACCCCUCGUUGUACACGGUGAAAGCUGUUCUCAUAUUAGACAACGAUGGCGAGAGGCUCUUAGCAAAGUACUAUGAUGAAACAUAUCCAUCUGUGAAGGAGCAAAAGUCAUUUGAGAAGAAUAUCUUUAAUAAAACGCACAGGACAGACAGUGAAAUAGCGCUUCUUGAGGGUCUGACUGUGGUAUAUAAGAGCAGCAUUGACCUGUACUUCUAUGUUAUUGGAAGUUCCCAUGAGAAUGAGCUCAUGUUGAUGGCUGUUCUGAAUUGCCUUUUCGAUUCAUUAAGCCAGAUGCUCAGAAAAAAUGUAGAGAAACGAACACUCCUGGAGAACAUGGAAGGGCUGUUCCUUGCAGUUGAUGAAAUUAUAGAUGGAGGAGUCAUUUUGGAGAGUGACCCCCAGCAAGUGGUUCAUCGUGUUGCACUGAGGGGUGAUGAUGUUCCUCUAACAGAACAAACGGUCUCUCAGGUGCUGCAGUCUGCAAAAGAGCAAAUCAAGUGGUCACUCCUCCGAUAGCGAGUUCAUCUGUUCCAGGACAUGUCCAUUCCAUCUUUUUUGAGACCUCCUGUCUAGUUCCCAGUUCCUACCCUUUGACUGUUUAUAUCCCUAUGGUUUAAAGCAGUAGCACUGAUGUCUACCACAGCAGCAAGAGGCAAUAACUCAUUGCAUUGAAGUGCAUUACAAAUGUUUGCCGCCUUGUUAAAAUCUUUAUUUUAUGUAACUUUACAUUUGGCUACUGGUAUGUGGAAAUGGCGUGUAAUUGGUUUCCUAUCCUGCUGAUGGUGAGAGCAUAGAUAAAGUACAUAUGACAGCCCUAACGUUUAAAAAUGAUCAGUCAUUGUGUCAAGUUGCAGAUUUUAUUGUAGAGAUUACAAACAAAUUCAUUCUUUACAGUAAACGACUUGGACUACUGAGGGCCACAAUUGGUUAUAAAUGUGAUUAUUAUUGGAAACGGCAUUGUAAAUGUAUAUAAUAGACAGAAAAUAAUUCACACUAUCUCCAUCCCUCUCGGCUUCAUGGGAGAUUAUGCACAUACUGCCUCACCCAUUUACACAGUUAGCAAUUGAUUUACUCAUCUAGGGAUAUUUAUAUUUUUAUAUCCACAGCACACAGGUUAAAGAUGGCCACACGCAUUACAACUGGGUUGGACUACAUAUGUAUUGCCAUAUGUGUGGCCAGCUUAAGACUGAUGCAUGGAUCAACAGGAGGCAUUUCUUUUUUAACAAACUGAAAUUGUGUAUUAUAACUUUGAGGACCAAUGUAGAGUAUGCCAUGUAUACUUGUGCUAUGUACUUCACCUUAAAAGUACAACUUUAAUACUAAAACUUGCUUCUGUAUUCGAUAGUAGGAUCAUAAAUCCUUAUACUGAAGUCCAGAAGCAGCUGCUUUGUACUGAGGUUAUGGUCUUCUAUUGCUAUCCAAAGUGCUGUACAAAUUUGAGACCUUUAUAAUGAUUAAUAAAUGACAUACAAAUAUUAA